CGGCGCGGCGCGGCCGCCACACCUGUGCCGCAUUGUGGUGUAUGAAAGCAGCCGGGUGUCGGCCCACCUGUGGCCGGCACGGGCCCCAGACGGGACCGGGUCGGAGGCGCGACACGACGCACUGUCCACACCGAGCUCCCAGCCAGCGGUCUGUUGAGAGGCGGCUUCCGAGAGAGCAGCACCGAGCCAACGCACGAGAGCCAGUGUUGGAGUGGAAGUCGGUGUGCAGAAGCAGUACUGCAGGGGCGACAGCUGGACGCACGUCGGAGAACGCCCGCACCCGCCAUGACGGCGCCGUUCGUGACGACGGUAACGAAGCCGGCGCCGGCCAGCUCGCGCCUGCGCCGCGCGCUGAUGGCGGUGGCGCUGCUGCUGCCGCUGCUGUUGGCCGUGGGGGUGCUGGCCUGGCUGGUGACGCCCCAGACCGGCGACGGCAAGGCCGAGUGGCUAGAGCGGCUCUUCAGCGGAGGCCAGACGCAACACGACGAGUCGGUCUGCUCACUGGCGAUGGAGGCGGGCCCGUGUCGCGGAGCGCUGCAGCGCUUCUACUACAGCCCGGAGGCCGGUGGCUGCACGGCCUUUCUGUACGGCGGCUGCGACGGCAACGCGAACAACUUCGAGACGCUGGAGAUGUGCCGUGCCCAGUGCGGCGGUGGUCAGUCGGACACAAAGCGCGCACACGAGCAGAAAGGUGCUGACAUCUGCACGCUGCCGGCGGAAGUAGGCGACUGCCGAGCGGCGCUGCCACGGUAUUUCUUCGACCCGAAAUCGUCCCAGUGCAAGGAGUUCACGUACGGGGGAUGUGGAGGGAACAGAAAUAACUUUCAAACUCUGGAAGAUUGCGAGCAGAAAUGCCGGUCCGACCAGCGCGGCGCUGCCGACUGCACGUCGGCGCCGGACGGCGGCCUGUGCAUGGCCUACAUGGAGCGGUACGCCUACCACCCGGACACGGACUCCUGCCAGAAGUUCGUGUACGGCGGCUGCGGCGGCAACGGCAACCGCUACAACACCAGGGAGGAGUGCGAGACGCGCUGUGCACAGACGACGACCGGGGACGAGGAGGGAGUCGCGUCUGAACUGCAGGAGGGCAGGGACUACGACACGCGCGCGUGCGGCGUGUCCGAGUGUCCGGCCGACUGCGGCCUGGUGGGACGCCAGGCCGACUGCGUGCUGUGCCGCUGCGGCCACCAGCCUCACCUGGAGCCCGGCCAGCUGGCCGUGGCCGCCGGCCAGCCCUGCCCCGCCGGCUACAGCCGACUCCACGAGGACUUCAGCGCGGUCGUGUGCGCCCCGGACCCGGCCGUUCCGACGCCGUCGCCGUAG